UUCAUCCAACAUGGCGGAAAAGAUAAACCAGGAAUAAAAUGGAUUUGAUUUACGAUGUGGUGUGGUCUACAUCAAAACCAGUAAAAAGCAAUCCUUGUGGCAAAGUUGUUGUAGCCUGGUCCUGCAGAAACUUGAUUGCAUUCAGUACUGGUUACCGAAAACUUGAUCUCAAUGAAGAACAUAAUCCAAGUGGCACCAAUGGACAAAAUAAAAGAUCACAGGUCACAAAUGGAAUAAAUAUUUUGGAUCCUGAUUGUCCUUGGGAUGUAUGCAGUUUUAGCUCUGGUCAUGAGGGUUUAAUCCAAACUCUAUCAUGGGAUGGAACAGGGUCAAGACUUCUCUCCACAGACCUUGUUGGGGUGUGCAAACUCUGGACUAUGAAGAAUUAUAUGGUAAAUGACUGGGAAUGCAUCCGCACCAUUGAUGUUGGAGAAGGAGAAAGACUAGUUGCCAUUUCAUGGAUAGAUACUGGCAUUAAGAAUUUGUUUAGCAUGUCUGAAGAUCCCCAGCAUUCUUUCAUGCAGAAGAAUUUGAGUGAUCGCUUCAAGACAAAUCGAAGCAAGCCCCCUUUAGUUGAGAUUGGUGGUAUGAGAGCCAAGGAUGGCUGGGUGGCCAUUAGUGAGACUGGUCUGAUUUGUGUGACCACAAUCAAGCCAGAAGUACAAGUCACAAGGAAAUGCCUGGCACAAGUGCGAUCAAGAGUGGCUGUGGCUGAUCUGGCAUUUUCUAGCAAAGGAAAAGUGAUUGUGGUGGCAAAUGAUGGGGAGCCAUGCAGUGCUGUGCAGUUCUUCAGAGUUUCCUUGUCUGGUGGACCAGGGACAGAUGACUGUCAGAUCCAAUCUGAUCCUCUUCCCUGUUUGUUUCCACAUUCACCCACAGAGCCUAAAAAUUAUCCGGAAUAUCGUGUGAAAAAUAUCCAGUUUUUGUCCAAGCACUCUGGGGAAGCUCUUCUUGUUUGUACAACUGGGCCGUUUGGGAGUUGCAUCAAACGAUGGGAAAUGAAGAAGGAAGUCAUACAACUACAUGAAAGAUUUCAACUAGAAAUUACUCAUCCACGUGGAGGCAAUUACAGUGUAUAUGAAUGGAAAAAUGUAAAUACUUACGAUGAUUCAGCAAAGAUUGUUUGUCUCUGUCUGCCUCGCAUACCCACGCCAAAAGUCGACAUUUCGCCAAUGAGUAAUCUGAUGACGUACCCUGCAUCGUUCCUAAUGGUUCAAUACGAUGAUGAUAGACUUCAGAUGCUAAAUUGUGUUGGUCUGGUACCGAGCGGCUCUUUUCGCACAAAAAUGAAACCAUCAGCAGACAGUGACCUAGGUACUGCACCCAAGAGAGCACGUUUAUCUGUAGCGAGCUACAACACAGGCUGUCUGGGAGCCAUCUGUUAUUCGCCUUGCUGCUGUUGCAUGGUGGGUGUCACCAUGGCGGGAGAUAUUAGACUUUUAAAACUGCAUCAUCUUGGUGACAGUAUGGCUGGAAUUCGGCUAAAACGCAGCCUGUCGGACUUGCUGCAUUACUGUUUACUUACCGGCUGGGAAUGGUGGGAUGUGCUAAUGGCGGCUCACCUUGGAACACCGCCAGAGAUUUCAUCGACCUUAGAUCUCGAAGUCGAUAAAGUCUUACAAGUGUUGGAUACAAAAGAGUUGACUCUCGAUAGCACAACAGCGUUAUCAAUGUUCCCUCUUAUCCAAUGGCUGACUGACCUUGCUAUGUUUGUGGUGGUAGCUUACACAUCUCAGCAGAAUAAGGAGUCUGCACCAGGGGUCAGCUUGAUCCGUGACACAAGUACUCUCGGGACCUUGCGUGAAAUGCUGGUGUUGAUCCGUCUUUGGGGACAGACUACACCCGCUGUACUGCCUUCCAUCACCCCAUCAGCAGACAAGAACGAAUCAUUAGCUUUGUUGUUCAAGAUCCUAACAAAGAUUUGGCUUCUAAGCAGACAAGCCAGCUCAGAUGAACCCGAUAUCCAUGUAGAUGACAGGCUGGCUGCCCCUCUUAUUCCAAAUUCAAUGUCUCUUCAAAACAUGCAGAUAGGAAAUUUGAGCAGAGGAGUGUCCGGUAAAGCUGUAAGUGGACCAAUCCGGCCCAGUGUGUAUCAGUUCGGUUCACCGCCAGUGGCGCACCAGUAUCAUCAGAUCUUCCAUCCAUUCGCCUCAGCCAUUUUCCCGAUGCCUGCUGACGGCUCGCAUGUCAUGGAUAUCGUAAGAAGGGUCUACUUGGACAAAUCACCGGAGACAAAGUUAAAACAGUGCACCAGGUGCAACUGUGUAUCCCUGGUGGAAGGGAUCAGUGACCACGCGGCAGCAAGAGCGUGGGAUCAGCGAUGGAUGAGGGCGUGUGUGUGCGGCGGUAGCUGGAGGAAGUUGCCUUACAAGGAACAACAGACUGUCGUAACAGCCGCCACUACUUCUUCUUCAUCUUCUUCCGAUGCUACAGCCUCAGCCUCCGUCAGUAGUCAGUAAAAGCAUAUUUAACUCGCAGUCCGCCCUUGAACCUUAACCUUGAGUUGUAACCUUUUUUAAUCUUGAGCCUUAAGUUUCUGUGGCUUCUUGUGUAUACAUACUAACGACAACACAGCAACAACAGCUUGAUUUGUAAAGCCAAGAGGUUAAAAAGAGAUUAAGGAAAAUAAAAAGGAAUA